CAAAAGUUCGACUCAGCCACCACCUUGUCGCAACAUCACAAAAUGACUUACCUCAAGCUGAGCAACAAGGAGAACGUUCCUUUGGGCGGCACGAAGAAGGGCAAGAAUGUUGGUAAUGCUCAGGCUGGUCGACGCUUUAACAACGGUAGCAUGUUUGAGAUCCUGGCUGAUAAUGACGGUAAUCCAAAAACUGCUAAGGAGUUCAACGACACCCCACAUACAGAAGAUGAGGUCUUCUUCAAGGUUGAUCAUGAGUUGACUGGUGAGGAGAGAAAGAUCGCUCAGGAGCGUGUUGAUCUUCUGAAUUUCAUCAACAAGGAGCUGAUCUACUCUAAGAUCGCCCGCUUUGUCCCAAUUCCAGCUGAUAACGAAAUCACCGAGACUGAGUAUUACCACCAGCAUGAGUACAACGGUCGCCAGAUUGAUGUUGGUGUUUAUCACUACCUUGGUGUCAACAACGUUUGGACUGCUCGUGCAUUUGUGAAAUUCGUCGACUCCGACCUCUCUGAUGACGAGUACGGUAUUACUAUCUGGUCCGAUCAUGCAGCCAAUUCUUCCGAGGCAAAGAAGGAUAGAGCAGGUUUCAAGGCCGUGUCUGGUACCACCAAGUUCUACUGGACCCCUCGCUGGCACUUUGUUGUCAAGUACCUUCGUGAACGCAUGUAUGCCUACACUCAGGACGGUAGCACGGCUAUCGAGAUCAUUGAGCCCGAACCAAUUAAGGACGGUCAGUAUGACGUUGAUGAAAACGAUCAAACCGAACAUGAGGACAUCUUACAGGUCCCAGCCGGCUGUACGGGUGCCAUUAUCGGUGCCAAGGGUGCCAAAAUCAACGAGUUGAAGUCCGUUUCUGGGGUUAAGGAUAUUAAGAUGCCUGAGAAGACUGAGCCACGCCCACGUCCCCGUGAUCUCGUCAGUAUUACCUUUAUUGGCCGCAAGGGUGCCAUCAAGAAGGCCAUGGGUCUGGUUGAGGCCAUUGUGGAGGAAUGGGUGACUGCUCCUAGACCUCCUCGUGCUGGUGGCAAUGGCGGCGGCUUUGAUCAACCAUCCGCGGGUUUUGCUCAGCCUGAAGAGGGAUCCGGUGGAGGCAAUGACUCUGGUGGGGGCGAAUCCUUCCCAGAAGACAACUUCAACACGGAUGGUGCAGGCAACAACAACUGGGCCGACUCGAUGAAUGAUAGCGGCUGGUAAGCGUUUACAGGUCACAAAUUCUCGGUUCCUCCUUCCGGAGUUUCACUGGAACAUACCAGGAGCUGUCCUUCAUAUAGUAGUGGGUCAUACCGCACGGGCUUAUAGAGAGGUGCAUGGUGUAUGGGCGGACUUGCUUUGUGGAUCAUGAUAUCUUGGUCCUAAAUUGCC